AGACGAUUAACACGCUACAAAAAGAAAUAAACGAAAACUAGUUUACCUUUGGUUCAUGGGCUUUAUGAUCGCAACAUGAUGUUCUUGAAUUCGAACCAAUGAUAAGUUCAUCAAAGUAGCAAUUUAUAGAGCAGUUCCUUUUUCCAAGAAAAAAUACAAAAUGGUGACCGUGAAAGAGGACCCGAAUAACGGGCGGCCAACGCUCACGUUCGAGCCAAGCGUGAAGCAUACGGCGACGAUGUUUUUCUUUCACGGGUUGGGCGACAGCAGCUACGGUUGGCGGGAGCCACUGCAAGACUUUGCGAAGCAAAUACCCGGUUUAAAAAUCAUCGCGCCGACUGCCCCGCAGAUCCCGGUCACCCUCUCCGGGGGAAUGAAACAAACCGCAUGGUGCGAUUUGGCGGCCAAGUCGUUGAGCCCCGUCGAUUUGAUGGCCAUGCUGCAAAGCCGACCCCCGAUGGUCGAGGGCUCGUGGGUCGAAAUUUUAAAGUUGGUAAAUGCGGAAUUGGUCGCAAACCCGCACGUCCCUCUCUCCAAGAUGAUCUUCGGCGGCUUCUCGCUCGGCGGACACAUCGCGUCCUGGGUGGCGCUGCAGCUCCCAACACCCUGCGCCGGAAUACUGCUCAUGAGCGGCGUGGUGUUGGGGCUGCAGACGAUGUGGGUAUUAUACAAUGCUUCGAGUACUUCUUUGAAGGACCAGUCUGGAUAAAUCACACUGCUUCAUCAUCGCGCACUACAUCGGCGCACGUCGAAGUAGGACCCACGAAAAGUAAUAGAAGAAGCGCGGCAAGAAAAAAAAAUCAAAUUGCGAAUAAAAGAUUGACUUUUCGCCAAAAAAUAUUCACGCAAAACUACAUCAGAUUCGCGCCCCCGUCACAAACAUCCUUCACUGUCACGGCACCGCGGACGGAACCAUACCUCUAAUUGGCGCCCAGAUGAUUGCUGCGCAGAUGAAAGAGAGUGGCCUCAGCGGCUACGAGCUAAAGACCUAUGAGGGCAUGGGACACGCGGCUUGCCCCGAGGAAAUUGACGACGUGCUCGCUUUUCUGAAAAAGUGUCUAGCUGCUUCGCCAGCAACAGCAGACGCAGCUGCGAACGACGCGGCUGCGAAGGGAGCGCUGGUACGAAUAAGAAAAAAAUGAUUUUUUGGUAUGAAUGGUGCACACUUGUAUACAAAGACAGUCACGUGACAGAAAAGGAACACAACUGCAUCACGAAUCCUCCUCAAAAAUCAUUCCACCCGAUGAACUUAUAAACGCACUCGCAUACCACAGACCAUCUGCAGUAACGGCCUCGCGAUCCCGAACUCUAGCACGGUGGUGAUUCACAGCCUGAAGAGCAAGCCCCAGAUGAAUGGCAGAAUAGGCGUCAUCACGAAAUACCUACCCGGCAAGGGCCGCUACCAGGUUCUGAUCGAAGAAGAGUCGCUCGCCUUGAGUCCCAACAACUUCAGGCUCGAGCAGGUUUGCCUGGAGGGCAGCGGAGGCGGAUGCUUGUACCAGCUCGACGACCCGGCGUCGCCAGGGGCCUGCCUUGUUGAGGUAUGUUCAUGUUGAUGACGUCCUGCUUCACAGUUUCUUUUGCAUUAAAGUCGAUUACGAUUUGUACAUGAAGUUCGCUUUCAACAGGAGUAGGACGUGACGAGUUGCUAGAAGUGGCUAUUCGCAAAUACAGUUUUCUUCUCAAAUAAUGAUCAUGCCACAUCACAUUAAUACAGGUUUCCUCCAAGCAGCCCCUGUCAUCAUCCGCGUCCGCCGGCGACUUAAGGUUUAAGAAAGGCGCAAUCGUCCGCUUAACCGGCCUGAAAGCGGGCGCGCCUUGGAACGGUUCCUUUGCGCAAGUCGGUGAGUACCACGCGGAAUCUGGCCGGUACACGGUGGAUUUGGGAAAUAAAAUGCAGCUGAACAUCAAAGCUGAAAAUUUCACUUUGUGAGCUGUACGCAGAACAAACUACUUGGACUCAUCUACAACUUCUGUGACCACAGGAGCCACUACACCUACGCGCAAAAUAAAGUAAGAGAAACGCGGCAGUCGUGUGAAGCGGCUUGUUCCUUGCGCAAGUCCCUCUCUUUGCGAUUUUUGUUCUUCGCACAUGUGGUCGAAAUCAAAGCUGCUAUGUACCAUGAAAAUCUUGUUGACCGAGUAGAAAACGUGACCAGUGUAGCUUCCCGAAUGAAUGUAUUUGAGCUGCUCUUCUAAUCGUCGUGCUCGUUCGCUUUGUAGCUAGUGCCGGUGCACAAAUCGCGAGCUGUAUAAUCGGUAUCCCAUCGAAUGUGAGACUUGAAACCUGCUGCACAUGAUCAUACCGAUACCUAUUAGCAGCAUUGACCACGACCGUUUCAGCAUGAUGCUCC